UUAUUGCCCCCAGACAGAAUGACGAUUAUGAGCUACAAGGAAGGAACUCUGCUAUUCGUCUCAAAGCAGAAAAGCUGGAGAGGGCAUUGAAUUAUCUUGGGAUUCAGCCCACAGAUGAACAGCAGCAAGCCCUAAGGCAGCAACUUCAGAAAGAUUCUGAAGGAACAGUGUCUUUUGGAGAUUUCGUUGAAGUUUCAAAGAAUCUGUUUUCUAUGCAAGUGAACGCAACAGAUGAUGGCCACAAAUCUGUAAUGUUUGGGGUCAAUGAAAUUGCCAGCUUACUGGAUUCACAGUUUGUAACCUGUGAUUCUUUGGAGGAUGACAUGGAAAGACUUAAGAAAGAAAGAAAUGAAGCUUUAAAAGAAAUGAGUAAAUUAAAGGAAAAAUUGUCUGCAUCUGUGAAUUUACAGAAACAGUUAACAGAGGAGCUACAAAUAGUCAAGCAAGAAGCCAAGGCAGCUGUAGAAGAGACAAGAGUUCUGCGAAGUAGGAUUCAUCUUGCAGAAGCUGCACAAAGGCAGGCUCGUGGAAUGGAGAUGGACUAUGAAGAAGUAAUUCGCCUAUUAGAAGCUGAAAUUGUAGAGCUGAAGGCUCAGCUUGCCGAUCAUUCUGGCCAAAAUAAAGAUAACAUCCAAGACUUGAGAAAGAGAGUUACUGUGCUUGACUGCCAGCUGCGGAAAUCAGAAUCAGCUAGGAAGACCUUUGAGGUGGCUACUGAAAAAUUGCUGCAAUUUGUGGAGGUUGUGCAUGAAAUACUUUCAGAUAACUCUACUUCCUCGACAAUUUUAAGUGACAGAACAACAACAUUAUCCACUAAAGCACUUCUUGCUCGAUUGGGAAGGAUUGGACCUACUGUCACAACAGCUCUUGCAGCAGAAGCCAGAGACCUCGCCAAGUCUGUCCGUGCCAUUUUGGAAGUAGACUGUCUGCCUUAUGGAUGGGAAGAAGCUUAUACAGCAGAUGGAAUCAAAUACUUUAUCAACCAUGUGACACAGACAACGUCAUGGAUCCAUCCCGUAACAAGUGCACUAAGCUUGCUUUGCUCUGAGGAUGACGACGAUGGAAUGAGAGAGCUUCCCGAGUCCAAGAGCUGA